CAACAACUUUUAAUUUUCUUUUCUCGGCCUUGGGGCUACCAGAAAGGCACAAACGUCAAGGCACUAACAGUCUAAUGGGGUACUGUACAAACUAGGUACAGACGGGUAAGUGGAGGUUAUGACCAGAAGGAGAACCCAGCAAAGUUCCUAGCAACUAGUGGGUGUGAGCUGAGUGAAGGGGAGCCAGGUGGGUUCUGGGAAGGAGCUUGGCCUAAAGCACAAGAAGCAGUCCCGGACGGUGCAGAGUAGCUAGGUACCCAGAGAAGGCCAGGGGAGGUGGCUCACGGAGUGGAGGGAGGGAGGCUAACGAGGGCUUGGAGUGCCCAGAGUAAUGAACAAUGGAACUUACUGAGGAGGUUAUUGGAAGAAGAGGGGCAAUAACAUUUCUUUUUAUUUAAAAUGUAAAAAUACUAUUUUUCCAAUGACAUGGAAAGGUGGUUUUCAACAUUCAUUUUUGUAGGAUUUUGACUUCCAGAUAUUUUUCUCCAUUCCCUCCCGAGAUCGCAAGCCUCCUGGUCGAGAUUAUCCCUCUAAAGUCAUUUUCAUGUUAACCAUGUUGUGAAAGAAAAAUGAAAACAAAAGAAAAAAAAAAAAAAAACCAGGGGUGGGGGAAGCAACUAGACAAACCCCUCCCCCAAAAGGUGAAAAUGCUAUGCCUUGGUGGGUAUUCAGUCUCCACAGUUCUCUCUCUGGAUGCUGAUGGCAUUUUCCAUCCCAAGUCUAUUGGAACUGACUUGAAUCACCCCAUGGUAGAGAAGAGCCACGGUCCGGAACUGACCAUGGUCCUGGGUACAAUGAUCUCCUGGUCCUGCUCACUUCACUCGGCACUGGUUCCUGUCAGUCUCCCCAGGCCUCUCAGAAAUCAUCCUGCUGCUCGUUUCUUACAGAACAAUAAUAUUCAUGACAUUCAUAAUUUAUUCAGCCGUUCCUCAUCUGACGGGCAGCCACUCCGUUUCCUGUUUCUUGCCACUACGAAAAGGGCCGCCGCUGUGCCUGUGUGGGUCCUUUUCCCUUUUUGAUGGCCUCUUUAAUACCGACUGCUAUCAUACUUGACUUUUAGAGUUUCCAGUUUGUUUUCUCGGUUCUUAGGCCCCUAAAGCCUUGACAGCCUCGUUCUGAGCUCCCUCCCUGCCCUGCCAGCCUCGUUCUGAGCUCCCUCCCUGCCCUGCCAGCCUCCAUUUCCAGCCCUGCCAUUCUCUUCAUCCUCUCUUCACAGGGUCUCUGCAGCCCUGACCCUCCAGGGGCCCCUUCCCUUUCCCAUUCCGGGCCUCUCCAUUUGGUGGGAGGGCCCUCCUUUGGGCUCUGCCUCCUUCUCUUCCUCCCUCUAUCCAGCUGCAGAGCAAAGCCCGGGUGCUUGUGCUCUGCCCAAAUCAGGCAGGGCGGCCCGCCUUAGCCCUUCCCCUGAGCCGCUGCCUUCUUUCGGGGCCUCCUUCCCGGCCCGCUUCUCUGCCGUCUGGGGAUGGGGGGCUGGAGAGGCGAGACCUAAGAUCCAAAGUCAAGCUCCAGCCCUAAAAGGCAGAGGUUGUCAGAAAUGGAGGGAGCCCAUUUUCUAGAUGGGGAAACUGAGGCUGCCAGACCUUCUGCUCCCAGGAGAAUGGGAGGGUUCCGGAAAAGAAGUCAAAGGAUUCUAGGCUGAGGGACCAGAGGAGGCAAAAGUCCUCUCCUUCAUUUGACAGAAGUGGAAGACCGGGUCCAAGAGAGGGUCGUACCACUGGGUCCAAAGCAGUGCUGACCUAAGCAGGGCCCUGGGAGUCGGUGCCAUGAAGCUGAACGAGCAGAGCGUGGCCCACUACGCCAUGAGUGGCUCUCCUGUGGACCACGAGGGCUUCCUGCGCCGCUGCAGCACCCCAGGGGGCCGCCAGCCCGCGGCCCCUCGCUGCUGGUUCGUGCUCAAGGGGAAUCUGCUCUUCUACUUCGAGGGGCAGGAGAGCCGGCCGCCCCUGGGGCUCAUCGUGCUGGAGGGCUGCACCGUGGAGCUCUGCGAGGCCCCCCAGGAGUUCGCCUUCGCCAUCCGCUUCGACGCGCCCGGGCUGCGGCCCUACGUGCUGGCGGCCGAGGAGCAGGAGGCCCAGGAGGCCUGGGUGAAGGUGCUCUCCAGGGCCAGCUUCGGCUACAUGCGGCUGCUGGUGCAGGAGCUGGAGGGCCAGCUCCACGAGCUGCAGCUGAGCCUCGCCUCCCGCAGCUCCAGGUCUCAGGCCUGGGCCUCGGCCGGCCCCCCUCCGGAUCGGCCGCCCCCCCAGCCGGAGGAGGGCGGCCCCUCGGCGGAGACGGAAGGAGACGAGGGGGCCGCGAAGCCCCCGGCUCCCGUUGGCCGGCGGCGCCCAGCAGAGAAUUGGGCCUGGGGCCCGGCCUGCCUGCCCCUGAAUGGGGGGGACAGCCCGGUGUCCCCAGAGACCUCCUGCUUCCCCAAGCUGCAUGACUGGUACGGCCAGGAGAUCAUCGAUCUCCGCAGGGAGUGGCUGCAGAGCAGAGCCCUGGGGGGUGGGCUGUGAGGGACCGGACCCCCCAACUCCCAAAGAGUCGGGCUUCCCCACACACACGUUGCCUAUGGGGGCCCGGAUCAGCCCCAAGAGAGCCACCCCCUCCCCCCAGACUGCCACUGCCCACAGAAAGGUGUGAGGGCCCCUCUUUCCUCAGGACACAGAGCUCAGGGUCCUCAGAAGAAAAGUCGGCAAGGAAAGAUGGCUAACGAUUGGCUGGGUGGCCAGAGGGGGGGCCAUUGAGCCGCUCGGAGCCUCAGUUUCCCCAUUUGUAAAAAUGACCAGGAUGGGGAACAAUUCUGAAUUAUGUAAUAGCUGAACAUGACACGAGCAAAAGGAUAACCAUGAGACCGGUUAGCCUGGUAGCUAGGGCUUGUGAUGACCCUUUUACAGAUAAGGAAAUUGAGGUUCGGUGGGAGGGCCAAAGUCUCCCCUCAGAGUCAGCAUCCCCUUGCAGAAGCUGCCCAGCAGGACAAGGAAGUCCCCAAGCCCGCGGCCUGUCUCCACCCCCCACUCCAUCUCUCUGGAGGCGGCAGAGGGCCGUGCCCGAGUUCGAAUCCAGCCUCGGACACUGUGUGGACAAGCCUGCUGCCUGCCUCAGUUUCCCCAGCUGUAAAACUCGGUUAUAGCUCCUCCCCCAGGUGGUUGUGACUUUCAUCCUGGAAGACUGUGGCUAUCCCCCAGGGGCACAAGCACUGACAGCUCAGGGGCUUCUCUCACUUGCUCCCAGGGCCCACCAGGCUGGUCCCGGGCCAGGGUCUCCUCUGGCAUAUGACCAACUGUAAAGUUCUUCAGAAGACCC